GAAUUCCAUGGAAAUCAUUGAAGCAACAAGAGAUGCCAUCGAUUUUAAAGCAGUAGCAACUAUAACUAAUGUUUCUAAAUUUUCAAAUAUCGAAAUUGACAUUGGUAGCAAUGUCGAAUUUGAUUUAAUAUCUGUUCAAAAUAUUACAAUUGCAAAAAUAACCAUAGAAGAUUUUCAAAUAAACUAUGAAAAUAAAUCUACUAUUGUUAGAUUAAAAUAUAUAGAGAGCUAUUUAAACGGAAGAGAUAAUCUUUUAUCCAUUAAAGCAACCAAUAUGACAACUUCGAUAUCUCUAUUACAAAAAGCUUUUGAAACUAUAAAAUUAGAAGUUGUUAUUCCGGGCUUAGGUGUUCCGUUGAUUAACGAAAUGGAAGUCGCUUUUACUUCUAAAGACUCAUUUAAUCUUCAUAAUCCGCUUAAAACUAGAUUACAUUUAUUUGGUUUUAAUGCUAAAGUUUUUAAUGAGUUUAAUGAACAGAUUGCAACUGCAACAAAAAGACCUAGUGACAUUGGAAUUGUUGUUGAACCGGGACAAACUGAGAAAAUUCAAGUUGAAAGUUCGAAUAUAGAUAUAAAAAAUGCUAUUAAAAAUAUCAAGGAUUGUGUUAAAGGUGUAAAAGAGAAUUUGGAAUGUGUUCUAAUGUUUGGCAUUGGUGAAAAUAAUCUUUAUAGAAUCGAUUUGAAUUAUUUACCCAAAGAAGAAAUUUCAUACAGGCUUAAUUUCUAUCACCAAUUUUCCAUGCAUGGCAUUCCAAUUUUCCUAGGCACAGGUAGUUUAUGUCUGUACCUGAUUUUAUCUAUCUUAUUGUGA